GGUCUCGCGCUUAUUUGGGUCCAGUACAUGGAGCACACGUUAUUACGUGUUACAUCAGACAGACGAGGAAACAGCUGCUCGCCUCCAUGAGUGAGACCUGACAUCUGUAGCAACAAGUGGCCUAGGGAGUUCACAUCUGCUGAGAGAAGAGUAGGAAAGUAGCAACAGUAGAGAUCACAUGAUCUAAGUAGGAAUGGAAGACUGAAUCCCAGACUUGGGCAUCCCAAAUAACCAUCAAGCUGAAAACAAUAAAAGAGUUGUUUGGAGGUGCUCUGUGGCUGUUUCCUCUGGACUGGACUAUAGUCUGCUGUGGACUGCUGUGGGCUGCUGCGGGCUGCUGUGAGCUGGAGUCGAGUGCUUUCUCUUCCUCUCUGUGCUCUCUGCUUCCUGAGCCGCCAGGACGCAGGAUUUCCCUGUAGCCGCUGUGAGCCUCCUCCUCCUCCUCGCUGGCCUCCCUGUCCCAGAGCCAUGGGGAAGCAGAACAGUAAGCUGCGUCCUGAGGUCAUGCAGGACCUUCUGGAGAGCACCGACUUCACCGAGCACGAAAUCCAAGAGUGGUACAAGGGCUUCCUACGGGACUGUCCCAGCGGCAACCUGUCCAUGGAGGAGUUCAAGAAGAUCUACGGAAACUUCUUCCCUUACGGAGAUGCGUCCAAGUUUGCCGAGCACGUCUUCCGCACUUUUGACGCUAACGGAGAUGGGACAAUAGACUUUCGGGAAUUUAUCAUUGCUCUGAGUGUUACAUCACGUGGGAAACUAGAGCAGAAGCUGAAGUGGGCUUUUAGCAUGUACGACUUGGAUGGGAAUGGCUACAUCAGCAAGGCGGAGAUGCUCGAGAUAGUACAGGCGAUCUACAAGAUGGUGUCCUCAGUGAUGAAGAUGCCAGAAGACGAAUCGACACCUGAGAAGAGGACAGAGAAGAUCUUUAGGCAAAUGGAUACCAAUAGAGACGGUAAAUUGUCUCUAGAGGAGUUCAUCAAAGGAGCGAAGAGCGAUCCGUCCAUUGUGCGUCUGCUGCAGUGUGACCCCAGCAGUGCGGGACAGUUUUAGACCAGAGGCAUCAACAAACUCUUUGCUUCUUCGGGUUUCUCUUGUUGACCCUUGGACCUCCUUCACUGGAGCAGAUGACAAUGACGAAGAUGAUGAAGAUUGCAGCUGAAGUGAAUGAACAAGGAGUUAUGCACUGAGGACUUCUACUAUCGGCUAUAGGCCACUCCUCAUUACUGUAAAACCACAACCCAAUGACCCCUUGUCCUAUUAAUAUUGACCCCUACCACCCAGAGCAGAGGCUGGAUAUGAACAGUUUCUUCAUUUAAGUAUUGUAAGUUCUCUCUAAGUCCUCCUCCUCCUCCAGACAGUGGACAGUAACUAAAUUGUAAAUAGUACAAACUGGAGUGUGUGUAUUAAUGUCUUUGCGUGGUUCUCUGUGCCCCUGUUGGCUGUAAAGGGAACUACAUUGCUCCCCUACCACUCCUACAGUGUAUCAUAGUGGGCAUGAGACAGAAACCAAAUGAUGGUUAAGGCAGAACUAUUUUCAAAGUGGACUUGUGAAGAACCUCCCUUCACUCAGUAUUGCUUAUCCUUCUUUUCUACUGUGAUAAUGUGUCUGGUGUAUUUUUGCCAACUUGAUAGACUUGGUGCAUAUUUUGUGCUGGGACAAAAAGAUAUGUAUACGUACUAUAAUGCUACUAUGCAUAUGCUCUUAUCAGUAUCAGUUGUAUUCUUUUCUUCUUCACAGCCUAUUCUUUUCUUUUUAGUGGAAACUCAUUGCAGCGCUUUAAGAAAUAGAAGAUGUGUCAUUUUAAAAUUAUGUAGGCAUUUCCAUGCAAAUGAAUUUCUGUCUGUAGUUCAAUUCAAAGUGUCAUUCUAAUGCACAGUUAUACAUUUAUUUUAAAUUUGAAAAUAAUUCUAAUGCUUGAACAGUUCGGUGAAUCAGCCCCCAAAUUAUAAAACUAAAUGAAAUAUUGAGUAUUUAUUGUUCAUCACAUUUCUCAAAUGUGCAUUACAAAAAGUACUGCAUUUAACCAAGUAUUUAACACCUGACAUUUGAAUUGAUUUACUGAAAAAAAAAUUUAUUUACUGCUAUCAUAUGCUGUAAACUGUUGCUAGUGCAGGCAUUCAAAGCACAAAUUUCCUCAAUGUAUUUUCGACUGCACCGAUUUCAUUAUCGUAAGUACAGAGCUAUAGAUUUCAGACAUGUAUGCAUGUGACUAUCAGCAUGUUCACAAAAGGCCAGUCUCCCAUUGCGCUUUUUGCUAACUCGUGUUUGUUAUGUACUCAGUAUUGUAGUUACUGCCAAAGCUGACCAUAUCAAUUUGGUUUUAGGAAUAAAGUGGAAGAAAUACCAUUGAAAAUGCAUAGUGAUUCUCAAUUGGUGUCAUCUCAGGGUCAAUAGUGUUUAUCUGUAACCAUAGUAACAUAAAGACCUAAUCAUGAUUUGAAAAAGGGACAAUGUGUAAAAUGUGAUUAAAUGAAUUUAAUGUAAAGUUAUAUUGUUUUAAAAUGUUUUAGCAGUAACACAUAUUAAAAUUAGACAUUUUACAGAUUGCCCCAUCAUUUUUGACUUUGUAGACAUAAUUGUUAAUAAUAAUAAUUUCAUAUCAUCACAGAAAACCAAAAUAUAUUCCCUCUUUUUUCCUCACUGUACCAUGCCUGUGACACACUUUAGGGGACCCUAAACCAGUUGAGAAUCCAAGCUUAUAACUGUACAUAUGUAUUUAAAUAUUUUCACACAACAGUGAAAGUGCCCACAUGCUUUUAUUACUUUUACUCAUCACCAUUUCCAAAGAGAACAGGCUCUUGUCAUUCUGUAUUAGGUCCAUCCCUGAAUGUACCAAGUGUUGUUUUUCCAGUUAGAAAUGCUUUGAAUGUUUUAUGAAAUAAACUACUGUUUAGUUUUGUAACGAAAGAAAAGACACACAGAGAAAUUACUCAAAUGAAAUGGCUUUUAUUGUAUUUUUAUUUUUAUUAAACGUCAGGUGUAACAUUUCCGUCAAAUGCAAAACAGCAUCUUGUGGUAAAGUGCCAAAUUAAUACAAGAACAGUAUUGUAUAAAUUUAUACUCUACAAUUGUUAAAUGUUGAACAAAAUGUUUGUAAUUGUUGCAUUUUGUAGGUUUUGUAUCCUGUAUUAUUUAGUGAUGGCCGUCUUUUCAAAAUACAGGGCUGUCUUUUGGUCCAAAUUGAAUAAGUCAAGAAAUAAAUUUACAUCUUUGUGUGCAAGACAAA